AUGUCAGCAUCUGAGAAUGCGAACAUCAAAGUCCACAGACGGCCAAUUAUUGCUCCAUACAAUGACCAAGAAGCUAUAUUAAUCCCUAACCCAGAGGUUUUUCGCAGAAAGCUUCAUGAUCUCGUCAAUGGCGGCAGCCAUAACGUCGAGGUCAUUUCUGAUUAUGAUUUCACUCUAAGUCGAUUCCGUAUAGGCAAUCAAAAAGGAAAAUCUACUUACCAAGUCGUAGAAGCAGGAGCGCUGUCAGGUGACAAACUUCAAGAAACCCAUGAUUUAUAUAGCUAUUAUCAUCCUAUUGAAGUAGAUCCUCAUAUACCUCACGACGAAAAAGAAAGACUUAUGCAUGAGUGAUGGGAUAAAAGCAAUGAAAUCAUUUUGUCUGUUGAUAUCCACAGAAGCAUGCUCUAUGAUUUCAUAAUGGACUCAAAUUUGCAUUUGAGGCAUGGAGUAUGAUAUAAUUAAAGGAUUUUAGGAAUAAAUGGUCAUAAAUACAGUAAUUUUUUAAGGAAAAUAAGAUUUUCACUUGAAUAGAAAUGGUAAAUUUAAGCAAAAAGCAUAGACCGUGUUUUGCAUCAUUGCGACAGAAACCUUAUUCCUUUUACCAUUAUUUCUGCAGGAUGUGGAAAUAUCAUUGAAGUCUCCUUACUCCGCCUUUAAGAGCAACCAAAGUCAUUGAAAAAAACUAUUUUUGGAAAAUCCAGAGCCACUAACAUUCAAUUUUUUUAUAUAAAAUAUUUUAUAUAUAUUAAAAUGUGAUAACGAGAUCUCUAGGCAAAUUUAUUGAAUUUUAAACAUUUAAUUCUUAAAAUAAAAUUUUAUAGCUUUUAUUUUGUUUUUUUUUGGAUUUUUUUUAAAAUCAUUUUGAUAUAAAAAAGGUUAGAAGAAUACUUAGAGCAUGAAAAACUUGAAAUUCAUUCAAAUUUUAUGAUUGGUGACUGUGAAGGAAGAUACACACACUGGUCUGAGCCUGCUUUAAGAACCCUCAACAAGAAUUUAGUCCUGCGAGACCGUCCUGUGAAGCCAAACAUUAUUUUGUUAGGAGACAUGAUAUCUGACAUAAAAAUGAUAGAGCACGCUACCUACAAUGACGCCUUAAAGAUAGGAUUUUUAAACGAGCCAAGCAGUUAUGUUCUUGACGCUUAUAAAGAAGCUUAUGAUAUCCUUAUCUUAAAUGAUGGCAAUAUGAGCUUAAUCGAGCUGAUUCUAUCAUUGGUAACUGGUGAAGCCUUCAAUAUUGACGAUUAUCCUUCUUUACAAGCCCUUAAAGAUUACUUGCCUAGUUUAGUUAGAAAUUAG